GCUGCUGGCGGGUUACCAGUCUAGGCGUUGCCGAUGGUUCGCCUGGGACUAUGUAGGCUGGUUUGUAAACCGUCGAUUGCACUCGCUGCUUAGUGUCAACAGAAUUAUUCAAAAAUGGCUCCCAAUGCUAUAGAACAACAAACGUAUGAAAUCGUUAGUUGUUUGUUUGACGAUCAGAAUGGAAGCGACUAUAGGUGCGGAACCCUUCAGACCGAUGGAUUAGAUGAUGAUGGUGACUUUGAUCCAGUUGUAAUAGCAGACAAACUGAAGGAGGUGGCUGACAACUUAGAUUCUGAGUUUUUGAAGCCUCAUAUCAAAAUUCUCCAAAAAGCAGCAGCUGAAAAGGCAGUGGAAGAGUUUGCGCGUAGUGUGGACUCCCUGUGUAUGUCUCCUGUCGCCCAGAAAGCAGAGGUCGCCCUUGAAUUUCAGAUGCUGAAGGCUUCCAUGGCUCUUGGUUUGUAUGCGAGGAAGAACUGUCCUGAAUUAAAGGACACCAUCAAAAUGGCCAUGACAGCCUUCAUCAACAACCGACUGGCAGGCUGGAUUGGCCAGCAAGGAGGAUGGGAAAAAGUUUCUAACCUGUAAAACAAUCUGAACAUGGAGAAGAUCUCAUCGCGAUCAAAGAAGAGGUUUCAUCUCAGCUAUGCAUCUGCCAAAUAGGUCUUCCAUCCUCGUUCUCCUCUACAAUACAUUCCUGUUAUCUUCCAGUGAAGCAUUGAAAUCUGUGCUAUCUGGAGCAAAUUGAGGCAGACUGUCAAAGGAAUGUGCUGUUGGCUGUGCUUAGCACUGACUUCUUUGCAUUCCUCUCCUUGAUCCUUGAAGUAAUGGACGCACUUAAAGUAUCAUUGAAUAAUUGGUAUCAUAACAUACUACAAUCAUGGCCUUUUGUACUUAAUGUCACAUUGCCAAACAAGCAAUAUUUUAUAGCUUUGAAGAAAACAAUCAGGUAUCGUCUUGGUAUUAGUGUAGACACAGUGUAAUAGCUUAGAAAACACUAAUGCACAUCCAUCUAAAACGUUCUUAUUUAUAACUUUGACUUAGGUAGUUAAAUACUACCCAUGUGAUAAAAAAAAAAGAUUUAGCAAUUUGACUGAGAACAUAUUUUUUGUUUGGAACAAAGGGUUAAUUGCCUUGCUCAGGGACAGAACCACUGGUUUUUCACCUUGCUGGCUAAAUGGGUUAAAUCCAGUCGGAUUUGCUGGGCUACUUGUGCCCCCUAAAUGUUAAUUACUAUAUGGCAUUAGUAUAAACAGCUCUCAAAGACCUUCUGAAUGCAUGGCUCUGCACAACUGCUGGUAUAAAAUACCUAAAAGUAAAGAAUCAGUGAGAAUGCUUCCCUUGAUGUAAGUUUGAUUACUUGAAAUGUUGAUUAGUUUGUACACAUUAUUUAAUGUUCUUAUCCUGAUUCCCUUUUUGUUUGUUUAGCAUAAUAAAAGAUAUGACUGAGUAUGUUACAGAUUC